AUGAGACAAACCAGACAAACCAGCAAGUCGCAGCUAAACCAUUCAUCCAUUCAUGCCCGACUCGUUCCUCCGCCCACCUUCUGUCAUUUCUACCUCUUCCCCUCAUUUAGUUGCCUCGAACCUCUUCCGAAGAAAGAUAAGAAGAAUCGCAGCACUGAGCUAGGACCCGAAAACCUGAUCAGCAGAAAGAACGUCAUGACGAUAACCACGCUCCCGGCCUCCGCGCCGAGCACCAACGACGCCGACCUCGCUGUCCUCAGCGUUUCGAGGCUUCUCACCCGCCUGGAACAUAAUCUCCUCUCGCCGGGGGCGGACCUCGUCGGGCUACGGAAGUCGGAGUUUCAGAGGAUGAGAGUUGGAGCGAACAUCGAAUACGCCCACUCAAACCUCCACUCCCUUGAACGUAACAUCCCCGCCACGAAAUCGCUCGAUCGCAAGCAUACCCUCCAGACAGAAGUCCAGCGACACCGAGAGACGUUGAAACGGCUACAGGCUCUCCUCGAGGAGAUCAGCGCCGAGGCGGAGGUUCGAGCGUCUUCGCCUGGACAGGCUGGCUAUGAGGAUAAUGAGGAUGAGGAGUCCGUAGACGGGGAGGAUUUGCUGGGUACACCGGAGGAGAGUAGUACGGAGAAUGAACCAGGGAGGGAGGAGGAAGAAGAGGAAGAGGGACAGGGGCACGAGCAGGCACGGGAGUCGAAAGUAGAGAUAGGUGGUGAGGGAGAGACGAAGAGUCCAGCUCUAGCUCCACCUACGGCGACCGCUACGCCGACGACAACAGCAACGACCUCCGCCCCAACCGCAACAGCCACGUUACGAAACCGACACGCGACCUCCCCGUCGUCUCCCAAGUCGAAUGCGAAAGCGACGGGAUCCGAUCACCUCUCAUCAUCAUCACCCGUGGCCACCUCGAAGGGCGAUGAGACGGAGCAGACGCUCUCGACGCACCGAGCGGAACAGGAAGACAUAACGAGCUCGCUCCUCUCGCUAGCCAGUCAAUUGAAGGCAUCGUCGCAGGCGUUCCAGACCUCGCUAGAUUCGGAGAAGUCCGUUCUCGCGCGGGCGGUGGACGGACUGGAUCGCACGACCGGGAACAUGCAGGCUGCGGAGCGGCGGAUGGGGAUGCUGCGGCGCAUGACGGAAGGGAAGGGCUGGUGGGGACGCAUGAUGCUGUAUGCGUGGAUUCUGGGAUUAUGGGUUGUGGCGGUGAUGAUCGUUUUUCUGGGCCCGAAGUUGCGAUUCUAG